AUGGGCAACUGUUGCUCUCAACGCAACACCGAGGAUGCCCCCAACGAUGUAAAGGGAGACAACAAUGGUGGCCUGGAUAACAAUGCCGAUGUGACAAACAAUUCUUCAGGCAACCAUAAUCCAGCCCCCCAGGGUCACAAGGCUCCUCCUGCAUCCCCUCCACCUGGGGGAAAGCCUGCGAAAACAGGGCCUAUUGGACCUGUUCUAGGGAGGCCAAUGGAGGAUGUGCGUUCGACCUACGCUAUCGGAAAGGAGCUGGGGCGGGGACAGUUUGGGGUGACGCACCUGUGCACACAUAAACAGACGGGAGAGCAGUUUGCGUGCAAAACCAUUGCCAAACGCAAGCUGGUGAAUAAGGAAGACAUAGAGGACGUGAGGAGGGAGGUUCAAAUCAUGCACCAUUUGACAGGACAACUAAACAUCGUGGAACUCAAGGGAGCUUAUGAGGAUAAGCAGUCCGUUCACCUGGUGAUGGAGCUGUGUGCCGGUGGGGAGCUUUUUGACCGAAUCAUCUCUAAGGGGCAUUACACGGAGCGUGCUGCAGCUGCCUUGUUAAGGACCAUUGUUCAGAUCGUGCACACCUGCCAUUCCAUGGGCGUCAUCCAUAGGGAUCUCAAGCCUGAGAAUUUCCUUCUGCUCAACAAAGAUGAGAACUCUCCACUCAAGGCUACUGAUUUCGGUCUAUCAGUCUUUUACAAACAAGGAGAGGUGUUCAAGGAUAUUGUUGGCAGCGCAUAUUACAUAGCACCAGAGGUGUUGAAGAGGAGAUAUGGACCAGAAGUCGAUAUAUGGAGUGUUGGAGUCAUGCUAUACAUUCUUUUGAGUGGUGUUCCUCCUUUCUGGGCAGAAUCGGAACAUGGGAUAUUCAACGCAAUAUUACGUGGUCACCUCGACUUUUCAAGCGACCCAUGGCCUGCAAUAUCAGCUCAAGCAAAGGAUCUUGUGAGGAAGAUGUUGAAUUCAGAUCCCAAGCAGAGAUUGACAGCCUUCCAAGUUCUAAGUCAUCCAUGGAUCAAGGAGGAUGGUGAAGCACCAGAUGUUCCUCUCGACAAUGCUGUGCUCAGCAGGCUCAAACAGUUCAAAGCAAUGAAUCAGUUUAAGAAAGUUGCACUUCGGGUUAUCGCCGGUUGCUUAUCAGAGGAAGAAAUCAUGGGAUUGAAAGAGAUGUUCAAGAGCAUAGAUACAGACAACAGUGGGACUAUCACACUUGAAGAGCUCAAGCAAGGUCUUGCUAAGCAAGGCACCAAGUUAUCUGAACACGAAGCUAAACAACUAAUGGAAGCUGCCGAUGCUGAUGGGAACGGAACCAUAGACUAUGAUGAGUUCAUCACAGCAACGAUGCACUUGAACAGAAUGGAUAGAGAAGAGCAUCUCUACACUGCCUUCCAGCACUUCGAUAAAGAUAGCAGCGGGUUUAUCACGACUGAAGAGCUAGAGUCAGCCCUCCGCGAAUACGGGAUGCAUGAUGGAAGGGACAUAAGGGAAAUCAUUGCUGAAGUCGACUCUGAUAAUGACGGUCGAAUCAACUACGAUGAAUUUGUGGCAAUGAUGAGAAAAGGAAACCCAGAACCAAACCUGAAAAAGCGGCGGGACGAUGUAUUUGUUUGAUCAAUGAACGGAAUGGAAAGAAAAAAAAGGCAGUUACAGUGAAUUUUUCUUAUCCAUGCAAGGACAUCAUCAUGUAUCUAAGAAAGGUAGCUGUGGACAGUGGAUACGGGAAUGCUCGAUCAUGAUCUCCAUGUACAGUAAAAUAUGUAUGGAAAAACAGAAGCGAAGAAAAUUUGAGAAUGGGAAUGUGUUAAGCUAGUUGGGGCGGCGAGGGUUUUGAGGGGGAGGGGGAGGGGGAGGGGGUUAAAGUACGUACAUACAUCCUAAGUUUAAACUGCAUGUAUGGUGUCUGGUGUGGUCAAAAUAUAUUAAUUUAGGUCCUUCUCCUUUUGUCUUUUUCACCAGACUCAAACAUAUGACGUCAUGGCUAACUAAUGGUUAGGAUCAAUUUGUCCGUACGUGUUUUACUAAUGUGCAUCUCUUUGUAUGCUACUUUCUUCUUUUUGGAUUAAGAUUCUCUAAAGUUACUUCU